UGCAACUUUUUUUUGGUGACAAAUUUCUUUCGAGAGACUUGUAGAUGGAAAGCUGCAGGUGGGGUUUUGUCCUGUUCUCUCCACAGAAGUUCAGAAACGUUUUGGACGACGACAGGCAUGUUCCCACAGGAAUUCAUUAUUGGUUUUCCUAAAUGUGUAAAAAUCAGCAAAGUCUCAAUCCAGUGUUAUUUAGUGCGGACCUUAAGGAUUGAAAGAAGCGUAUCUAAAGACCCAGUGGGUUUUGAACAGUGCAUUGAAAAAGAUUUGCAACACACAGAAGGACAGCUUCAAAUGGAAGAAUUUCCACUUCCUGAUUUCCAGGCCACUUACUUGCGUUUCAUCAUCAAAUCUGGCUUUGAUCAUUUUGUAUCAGUGCACCGGGUGAUGGCAGAGGGCACAGCAGAAAACACUUAAAUCCAGCUUAAAUUUU